UGGAAUGAAUGUUCCGCAAGUUUUCGGUUUUUGGAGAAAGUUUUUACAGUUUUUGCGCGCUGCGCUGUGCCAGAAUAAUUCGCAAUGGCGCCGCCCGAAGCUGGGCUCCUUGAGCUCUUUGAAAACCUGCUCGAUCGCUACAAAAUCAACCUGCUGCAGAUGAUAUUCGGCACGUUCAUCGCCACGAUCGUGUUCUUUGGCGGCCUAAUGACCUUUGUGGAGAAGUACCUGCCGAACAGCAUUCGCCAGUCGUUUAGGUACGGCAAGCACAGCUUCAAGGGCGAAACGGAUCCUUUGGUGGCCUGGCUGGAGGUCCCGAAGUCCUGGUUCAAGCACUUCUAUGUAUUCGCCUUAUUCUGGAGCUGGCUGGGAUUCUAUUUGCUGGUGACGACGGUGAGGGAGCAGCGGGAGGCCCCUGAGUUCGUCCUGCGCUUCCUGGACUUCAUGGGCGGCGGUCGGAGCCAUCGCAAAGUGGAGAUCGACUCCACCACCGCCUGCGUGGGCGCACUGAUGCUCACGCUGCAGUGCACCCGCCGCUUCUACGAGACCAACUUUGUGCAGAUUUUCUCCAGCAAGAGCAAGAUUAAUCUAUCCCACUAUGCGGUGGGUUAUGUCCACUACUUUGGCGCCAUCAUAGCUUUGCUGUCCAACACCUCGGGCUUUGUGCGCGGCUCCCGGCCCAUGGAAUUCAGCCUGGACCGGCUGACCGGCCAGCAAAUACUCUACCUAGCCGUCUUUUUCGUCGCCUGGCAGCAGCAAUAUGCCAGCAAUAUGAUAUUGGUGAGGCUGCGAAAGGAUCCGCAGACGGGAAAUGUGCGCACCGAGAAGCAUCUGCUGCCCAAGGGAGGCCUAUUUAAUCUUCUCUCGUCGCCUCACAUGUUCCUCGAGGUGGUCAUGUACUUCUGCAUCGCUGAUCUCUACAUGCCCGUGAGGAUAUGGCGACUGAUCUUCCUCUGGGUGGCCAGCAAUCAGACGAUUAACGCCCUGCUCACCCACAAAUGGUACCGCGAGACAUUCCGGGAGUAUCCCAAGAACCGACGUGCCAUCAUUCCGUUCCUGCUUUGAGUCUGAGUCCGAAGACUGGAAAGUAAUUUCGCAUUUUUGUACAAAUAAUUUAGUAGUGGAAUUUAUUAAAGUCGUUUUACACGCACUGAAAAAUA